AUGCCUGUUCCUAUUGAAUAUAGCUCGAUUCGUCGUAUGAGUACCAUCACUGUGCCUAAACAAGACAUUAGUUUUGACAGCUAUGACUUCCAAUUCUGCCAACCCCAAACUGAUAUCAAGGCAUCUUUUGAAUCUCGUGAAUUGGAAGCUUCUUUCUGUCGUGAUUUUGCUUGUUGUGGUCUAAUUUUGGAAGACCUUCAUGAUUUGUUGCAACACUAUGAAGAAUGCCAUGUUAGAAUUGAAGAUGAAGAAAGCAGCUUCUAUGACGACAGUGACUCUGGUAGCUGGUCUGUUCCCUCUUCUUCUACUCCUGGUAGCCCUGUAUUGAAUGAUGAGGAUGAACAACAAAUCGUUGCCUUAAAGAAAAAAGCUGCUGCUUAUCUUUCUGAUUUGUACAACUCUUCCGCUUCGCUUUCUUCUAAAACCGGCAAAAAGAGAGCAUAUGGUCAAAUCAGUACUCCUGAUGCUUUUGAAUUAUUGACUCAAUCAGCCGCAAAGAAGAUUGCCUUGGCUUCUGGUAGUGGCGAUUUGCCUACACCUUUGUUUACUGAUGAAGACUUCCUUGCUCAAGCUGGUGCUUUAUUAGCUUCCGCUAAUGCUAACUCAAAUGCCGAUAAACCUUACAAGUGUCCUGUUGGUGGUUGCGAUAAAGCUUAUAAGAAUCCUAAUGGUUUAAAGUACCAUAACCAACACGGCCAUUGCAACAUGACUGCUGACGAAAGUGAGAGUUUAUCUAAACCCUAUCAAUGCACUAUUGGCGAAUGCGGUAAGAGAUACAAGAACUUGAACGGACUCAAGUAUCAUAUCGAACAUUCUCACAUGGCUGCUUUGAAUCAUACAUUGGCUGCAUUCGGAUCUUCUCUUUUCUCUGCUAUUUCUCCUUCAUUGGCUGAAGAACCAACUCCUUCUACUUCCUCUGCAUCCUCAUCUUCAUCCUUUUCUGGCUUCUUUUAG